AUGGUUCUCGGUCGCUUCUCACGUCGCAAUGAGGCUAAUGGUGACAUUCCUCACCAUAAAACGCACACUGAGGAAAACGAAACUAUAGCCGGCUCUGAUCUAAGCUCACCCAAAUCAGACGCCUCCUCCUCCUCACUAAGCAGUCCAUACUUGGUUAACUACGUUCAGACGACCAGUGUGUCAGAAGGUCGUCACGGUCGCGAAAUGGGUGACCAGGUGCAGCUCCUUACCAACGUGAUAGGAUCAGUGGUCGGCGGCCCUUCAGUGCAUGCCCUGCCUACUUCUCAAGGUGGUUUGUUCACGCAACACUUCCCGGCAAUGCUUCCGAUAGCCUCACGUACUUCAGCAUAUUUGGUGUUGUCGCUCACCUGUGGGCAGCUUCAGAUAACCACACUUCAUAAAUUCACCGACCAAUCAGCGACCAGCACCCUAGCCGACCUCAGCGAGUCGGAUCUAACGGAACUGCUUGAGUCUAGCCUAGCGUUCGUCCUGCAACCAACAGGCUCGGCUCUGAGGCACUUACCUGUCAAAGGCCCUAAAGAUGCAGAUCCUAUCGCUAAGGCGUUUGGCAAGGAAGCCUGUUCCAUCCGGAGAUACACUCACUCGGUGAGCGGAGCGACGGUGUUUGAUUUAUGUAUCGAUCUAUUCAGCAUGCGUAUCGUUAGACACCUCUUUCCGAAGCUAGCCUUCUCCAAGGGACGCCAAACUGAUAUUUUUGUCACUAAUUUCACCAAUCGGACAUGUUUAUGUGCCUUCCGACUUGAGGCAACCGAUUCCCUGCUCAGUAUUGUGUCUGGCUAGCGUCAUUCGUGUAUUGCAUCAUUGGGACACGUACAUUAUCGAUCUCCUCUCUACUACUCGACGUCUGUGGAAGGAGAAUCUAUCCGAAACAUGCACGGAUUCUAUCUAAGACGUCAACGGU